AUGUGUCAAUCUUUUGAACCCAUCCCAAAAAAAUCAAGGGUUAUCAAGACUGACAAACCAAGACCAUUCUUAUGUCCUAUUUGUACAAGAGGUUUCGUUAGACAAGAACAUUUAAAAAGACAUCAAAGAUCACAUACAAGAGAAAGACCUUUCUUAUGUAUAUUAUGUGGGAGGUGUUUUGCCAGAAAGGAUCUAGUAAUUAGGCAUCAACAAAAAUUACAUCCAGCAUAUACUCAGGAUAAUGAUUUCGACAAAAUUAUUGUUAACGUAGCUGGGAACACACAGACAAUCUUGCCAACUGUAGGGAAUCCUGUGACUAGUGGUGAGAAUGUUGUUGUACAAACUCCAGCCGAAUUGAUAACAGGACAAAAUGUCCCAUCCAUUCACGUUGAAGAUGUACAACAACAACAACAACAACAACAACAACAACAACAACAACAACAACAACAACAACAACCAAUUUUUACAUCAAAUCAAUUUCAAACUCCUGAACAUACAAUAAAUCCACAAAACAUGGAGAACCAUUUUCCCCAAAAGAGAAAUUUUUUGGAAGUUUCUUCCGCAGAUCAAUUGUUAGAUCACCAAAUUACUUCAGCAGCAUCACCUUCGAAAAGACAUGCAUCAUUUUCUGCCACCACUGCAUUUUCAUACGCUCCAAUUUCUGGUACUAACAACUUCGAGUCAGUCAACUUUAAACCAAACGUUUUGGAAGAUGGACCAAUCCAAGUUAGUUUCUCAACACCUCAGUUUACAGGUACCCAGGUUGAAAAUAAAGCAAUUGAAGCAGGAUUACUUGAUUUGGAUCCCUUAGAAUUACCUCCUAGUGUAACCUCUAAGCAAUAUAACAAUUCGGCUGUAAAUGCCUCAGAUUUUAAUAUAAUGAAAAAAUCUCAAUCAGAACCACUUAAGGAUAUUAAUGCAAUGUUUAGUAAUAGUAGUGCAUUUUUGGCUAGUUUACCAUCCUUAGCGGAUAUGGUGACGAUAUCAUCCACUAGUGGAGGUAGUAAUGGGUUUUCAAAAAAUAUUUCUAAUGUUAAUGUAAAUCCUUUUGAUUAUACAACAGAAUUGUUAAAUACUCAGAGUACCAUGGGUACAAACACGGCUAAUUCUUUGUCGACAAUAGGAACAAAUUAUCUUAGUGAUAUUGGAACAGACCCAUGGUUAUCUGAAUUUUUAGAUCCAAAAAAUUUUCCAACAGAUGCACAAUUGAAUCAUAUUGGGUUUAUCGAUAACAAUUCCACUCCAAGCCCAGGUGUUGAAAGAAGGGAUUCAUUAAGCAAUCAAAUUUUGGGUCUAUUUACAUCCAGACAAAUGGAUCUCCAUGAUGGUAAUCGUGGUUCAUCCAGCACCAGCGAUGAAGGUGACAUUAAGGAAGAACCUUUAACAAUUAAUUUUGGUCAUUCUUCUAGCUUUGCUUCGUUAGACGUAAAACCAAUUCUUCAUCAAACUGGUAAGCCAUUGGAGUUUUUCACGGAAUCUCUGAGACAAUAUAUUAUUACCGACAAUGAGUUAAAUCCAACCAGUUUCCCAUCUGUUAAAGAAUUAAAUGCCUAUAUUAAAAUGUAUGAUAAUCAAUUUUCAGAAUAUUAUCCAUUUGUCCAUUUGUAUUCUAUAAAUCCAUCUGAAAAUAACUAUCCUUUACUUUUGUCCCUCGCUAUGAUUGGCGCAUUAUACACAUUCCAUUCUAGUCACUCUAAAUUGAUGUCUAUGAUUUGUAGUACGCAAGUGAAGAAGUAUUUAUUCAAAAAUGAAGUAGAAACGCCGUUAUGGUUAAUACAAUCAUUAGUUUUGGUGAGCUUUUACAAUAUUUUCAACAAUAGUAUUCAUAUGACCAAACAAAUGGCUGCACAACUAACAACUUUAUUGAAUUUGAUUCGCUCAAAUAAACUGAACUUACCUCUGGAAUUAAGCGUACAACCACCAGUUCCAAAUGAUCAAUAUAUGAAAUUCGAAAAUAAUCCUGAUGAAAUAAAGUUAAUGUAUGAUCGUUUAAGCUCUCCAGAACAGUUGAAAAAGAAUUUCGAAUAUUUCAUUUUAGCCCAACAAAGAAUUAGAAUAUGUCAUAUGGUACAUUUAUUGUCUACCCUGUAUGGGGCAAUGAUUGGCGUUCAAUACUCUCUUCACUCUAUUGAUUUGAAAUGUGGUGUUCCAACUGUUCAUGAAGAAUUGUAUCGGUGUGCAAAUUACCAAGAAUGGACCAAUAUAUUAGAAAAUAAGCUAAAGAUUAGGAUAGACUCAAAAUUUUCGUUAAUACAACUAUCUAAUGGUGGGGAAUUUUACCAAUCCUAUUUAAUGUAUCUAUCCAAUGGUUAUAAUGGUAACAUGAAGCUAUCUCAAAAGCCUGUUUCCAAAUUGACUCUUUUGUCGUUGAUACUUUCAAUUCAUGAAAAAAUAUCCUUUGAAAGAAAAUAUGCAAAGGAUAGAAAUAUGGAUUGGAAGGUUAAUUCAAGACCCAUUAUAGAUUCUAUGAUCAAACAUUGGGAAGUUUUGUAUUUAAAGAGCGGAGGAACUUUAAUCAUGAAUGAUGCUGCACUACCUAUAAUAGAUAAUGAUUCAAUGUCAAGACUUAUUGUUCCAAUGUACUUUUUUGUUAAAACAAGGCGUUGUGUUGAUUUCUCUCAAGUUGUAGGUAAAGUGUGGAUAAAAGACUGGUCUUCAAUGAACAAACUAUUAGAAGAUAUUACUCAAGACUGGGCUCAUUUCCGGGAAGCAACAGAGGCGGCAUUAUCUAUGAUAGAAUCAUGGAUUAAUAUAGUGGCCUCGAUUCAUACUAUACCUAACGAGAAUAAAAAAAAAUACGGUUACAAAACUCCAAUUUUUACUAUUACUUGUAUUUUCACAUGUGUUUUAUUGAUUUCUGAAUAUUUAAAGCAUAUUGAAGAAUGGGCAGCUAGUCAAAAAGAUGGUAUACGUGUUUCUGAACUUUCAAGGAGAGAUAAAUUACUGUAUUUUAAAGCUGCUAAUAUUAUGAAGAAGAUUCAAGAUGUUCUUCUACCAAAGGACCACGACCAAAUUAAGUCGUCUUAUGUUGAGUUUUUGAAGUCACAGGCCGAUGCAUAUAAUCACUUAGAUGGGAUAUGGGAGAGUCCGCCAUCUACAGAAGUUGAUAUUACAGAAUCAUUAUCAUUGAUCCAAAAGUUAAAUCUUUCAUCUAAGGCAUUGUAUCUUGGUGUAAAAAUCUUAAGUGAUGCACCUAUUUGGCCAAUUGCUCUUUUAUUUGCGCAUGCUUUCCAAAGUAGGGCCCUAUAUAACGUGAGUAAUGGUUCAAUCGAUAUAUAA